CUCCUCCUCCUCCUCCCCCGUCGAGCAACCAUGCGUCAGGCUGUGGGAGUGGUGGCUGGCGAGGGUGGAAGGGGAAGAGCGGAAGCUCGCAGUCUCCGGGUACACUGAAAAGAACGAGGCAUUCACCUCCGCACCCAUAGCAAAGCGUUAUGAGCCUCUUACAAUUGAAGACGAGGACGGGGUUGUGGUGCUCCUUGUUGGUUCAAUGAGCUCGCCACGAAUGCAAGAAAAUGGAUUUUCUGCGCAGAUCUGCGAGAGGUUCAUGAUUGGAUUUCCGUUCUGGUGGGAGACCUGGGAUUCACACAUGGAAAAUUUCCCGGAAUUUUUUAUCGAUCCACGAGAGGGUUCAACUCAAUUUUACUUGCAGAAAUUCCAGCUAGGCAAUUUUCUUGAAUCAUUAGGACCUUCAUUCAUCCAGAACCUUCUUAAGGAUGCUAAGAACAACACAUUCGAUGAGGCUGAUACCUUCGCAGAGUGUUCAAGAUUUGAGGAGUACACUUGUGGCAGUGAUAUCUCAACACAGGAAAAAUCUGCAGAAUCAAAUGAUGCCGGACCAGCACUUGUAGCUAGUGAGGUGGAUAAUGUGGAAACAGACUUGAUUGCGAGCAGCCCUUCGCAACAAAAAGAUAAUGUAGACAUUCAUUGUAGUUUAAUUCUUGGUCCCACAAAAACAGGUACUAGCGAUGAGACUUGCCAAGAGACAGGAAUUCAGAAUGAUACGAUUCAUCCAGCAGCAGUGGAACUGGAAGCUGGUAGCCAUCUUGUCAACUCCAAUUUGAUUUUCAGUAGGUCCCCUGACUGUAUGCCCUUGGAAGAUGAAAAUACCAGUGCUGGAAACUCAGAGGGCAUGGUGUCUAAAUGUCUUUUAGAUGCAGUACCACCUGAAAAGGAUAAUUUCUGCUCAGACAUUGCCGGCACUUUGCAAGGUGUUGAACCCUUAAGUUAUGAAAGUACCCCACUGGCUUCAUUGAAGAAUCAAGUCUGCUUGGAAGGAACUGAGCCCAUCACAGUUACUCAGAAGGCAGUACAAAAUGUAGAUACAUCAACUCCAGUUCAUUCAGAUGCGCAAUCUCUGGAAAAAAUUGUAGGCCCAGCAGAGAAGCAAAAAUCUGCACAGAAACUGUUGAGGACUCCUACUAAAUCGCCAAUGGCUAGAAGUCCUAUUUUAUAUGCACAUCAUCUUCCGCUUACUCGUGCGAGGGCCCACUCAUUAUCUAUCUCAACACCUGAAUCUCUCAAAAUGAAAAAAACAAGAUCAGGUCGUGUGGUAGUACCCCCAUUUGAUCCAGGAAGCGAAAGGAUUGUCUAUAACAUGAAUGGUAUGAUUUCAGGCGUAUCUCCUGUGUCUCAAUCACCUCUCGAAGGGAGUCAUGCGAGAAAGAGAAAGAGAAGGGCUCUCUGAGUGACUUCCUGGCACACAGUUGCUGCUGUUCGUUCAGAAGAUACUAAUACUUCCAGGCCAUGACAUUUUGAGAAGGGCUCUCUGAGUGGCUCCGGGGCUUGCAUUUGCUGAUGUUCGUCAAGAAGACGCUAACACUUUGGGACCAUGACAUUUCUCUGAUGUACAUGGAGUUCAUAAGAAUCUGUACCAGUGCUUCAUUGGAAGCAUAUGUAACCAAGAGCUUAAUUGGCAACCAGAUAGCUUUUGAUAUCUUUGCCUGGUGCCAUGGUCACAACUUGCUGCUCACGUUUGUGAUGCAUCUCCAACUGUAGGGGACUAGAGGCCACCCUAAGAUCUCAGUUACCAACUUGAAAAAGGAGUCUUGACAAGUUGAUAUGAAUGAAAUUAGAAGGUACAAAGUUUGUAGCUC